AUGUCACGCAAUAGAUCACACAGCAUGAACUACCAGGCCGCGGGUCCUCCGCGGCUUGCGCUGGAGAGUGAACAGCAACAGUUGGACGAGACAAUGUUUGAGCUCAAGGAAACGCUUGCAUUGAUGCGAUAUGAAUGGCCACAAUGCCUCGAGGAGUCCGCCAAUCCGAUCGAGAUGGCCGUCUCUUUGCUUGAUGAUUCAUCGGUUGGGCUUGCGCAUAAGGCGGGCGAGUUCCAGGACCUUCUGAGACAGGUUCAACAGACGUUACGGAAGGUGGUCAAUGAACAUCAUGAGGUGUUCAAUAACUCGGUCGGGUCGUACAAUACGCUCUUGGGAACACUCCAGGAUUGCCAACAGGACGCGGCAGCGAUACGCAGCCUGCUUUCAGACACCACCAGGGACACACAUGACCGGUCGGACGUGCUCAAUGACCUCAACAAUACGUCGGCACGAUAUCUGGAGAUGUUGGAGAUCUUGGAUGCCAUGGACGCCGUGAACUCGGUACCGGCACAAGUAGAGCUGCUCGUGGCGCAGAAGAAGGUCCACGAGGUGUACGACGUCAUUCUGGGAGCCUACAAGGUUGCCGAGCAGUACAAUUUGUGGUCGUUAUCGGCCAUGGCGGCCAUUCGAGGGUAUCUUGAGACCCAGCUGAAUAAUUUGUUUGACAUGAUUGUAGAUGAGUUACGAAGUGAGAUUUACGGCGGGAGUAGUGGGAGCGGUAGUGGAGGCAGUAUGGCCAAUGGUGGUGGUGGUGGUGGUGCUAGUAGUGGAAGUGUUGGAGGAAGCACUGGCAGUAGUGUUGUCAACACCUCGAGCUCGAUGAAUUCUGCCACUAGUAAGAGUACUCUCUCCACAGAUGGACCUCUUGGCCAUUUAUUCCAAACGUUGGCACCACCAUCUCCUCAAUUGUCCUCACUUAAAACCCUUCUUACCCAAUCAUCAAACCUUGAACAAUACGUGUAUAACUCGGCCAAUGUAGACAUUGCCGAGAUUGCCGAUUGUUUCUCUCAACCGGUGACCAAUUUCUUGGACAAUCAUCUUGCACGUCUCCAUAAGACAUACACUUCUGGGCGCACCAAGGCCAUUGACUACGGGGUGCUCUUUGACUCGACCCUGGACAGCAGCACCGAGUCGUUCCAUUAUGUGUACAUGUUGCUCCACACCGCACACAAGCUCCAUCGGUUGCCUCAGGUGUUGGAGAUCUUGAACAAUACCAAUCAGCACGAGUACCACUCGUUGAUCAACACCACCAUCAAUGAAACCAAGUUGACCACCACGCAACAAUUGAACAAAUUGGCCAAGAUCCAGGGCUUUGGACACGAUGGAGUCGCUGAUUUCUUGAAUGGGAACUCCUUUAAUGACCUGGCAGUGGUUGUAUUGGAAGCAUUGUUUGGUACGGUGUUUGUCAAGAGUUUGGCGGUCUUACAAAGGCAAAAAGUGGUCAGUGAGAUUGCCAGGGUAGUAUUUGAAGGAGAUCUGGUAUCCAGUAGUGGUAGUGGUGUACCUACUAGUAGUAACACCAAUGGAACUAGUUCCAUCAACUCUGUGGUCCAUUCCUACUUUGAUAACGCUUGGAACACCAUGAAAAAGGAACUCCAAACACUCAUUUUGAACUACAUAGACAACAACUCUGUGUUUGAAACCACAAGCGGCACUUCGACUCUAGGGGGGCAAACUCUGGGGGGAACAAUCCACCAGAUCGUCAGAAAUGACACGUUCCGCUUUGAAGAUGUCUCCUACAACAAGUCGGGUAAGUCUGCCGAUGAACUCAAGUCCAUCUUGUUGGAGAUGUUCCCCGGCUUUAAUCUUAAUGAGAAUGGCGCGGUAGGGUCUAUGGACCUGUCUCCAUACCUUAAAAACGAGUCUUUCAAUGCCAUGGUUGAGGUGUUGGUGCCUAGAAAUGUUUUCAAUAUGAGAAUUGUCUUGGAAUCAUUUUUGGUUUAUGUGGCAGGGGCCCAUACAUUAUUCAGUAAGAAUGAUUCUAAGCAGCAAUCUUCCUCCUCAGCUCUCAAUUUCUUUGUUUCUUUCAUGAGAUCUUCGUUCUUACCCAAGUUGGACGCCACGUUGGGCGGGUUAUUGGAAGGAGAUGAACAAUCAGGAACAACUACUCAAGAACCCACCAAGGGUGCAAACAGUGGUCUUGAACCGUUUAAAACCAACUUGACCUACCUUGAACCAUCGGACGAUGGUAAUGAUCUUACAGGAGCCAUGGUAUACCAAAAUGCUGUGGACUUCAGACGUAUGUUCACAUACAUCUGCUUUGUCUUGAAUACUUCCUUGACCUAUAGAGAAGACUUUGGAGGUUUAUGUUUGAGGUAUCUUGGUCGGUUUGCCCAAUCGUAUACCUCCUUUUAUCGGGAUCUCUUGGAACCUUCAGAUCAACAUACUGAUGCCUACACCAAUGGUAAACCAAGUCUGCAAAUCAACACUUGGAUGAAGACUCCAGCGCUCUCCGAGGCAUCGAAAUCGAUCUUGAACGAUGGGCUUGAAGAAUCCAGCGUAGAAGCCAUAGAACGAGAAAUUCUGCUUAUGAUUGAGAACAAGCAACCUGAACAAAUGUUCCAAAUCAGUAAGGAUGAUUUCCUUGAUGGUGAUGCGUUUGCUCAAGUGUGUCAUCUUGUAUUGACUGCGUCAUGGAUUCUCACAUGGCUCCCUGGGAUGAGAAAGGAAUCCAAUUACACUGUAUACGACGAUGAUGACGAUGUGAAGCUUUCUGAGGUGGAUAAGUUGAAACAUGACUGGAGUUUCUUGGAGAAUGGGAGAAGUAAUGGACUGGUUGAUGGGGCACAUGUGUUUCUCACAUUGAAUUCAGAAACCGUUGGGGAAUUCGACUCGGUGGUGGAACAAUUCCAAACCAUCAGAGACCAUGCUCUUUUGGUUUUAAGAUAUGACUUGAGAUGUAAGGCCAUUUACUAUGUUGGUAGAUCGUACCAGAUGUGUGAAUGGGCGCCUACUUCAGAACCAGGGGAUUGUGACCAAUACAUCAGCGAAUACAACAAGCAGGUGUUCCUUGCCGAGACUCGGAUGGGACACAUGCUCACGGCCAAGGAACAUCAAAAGAUGUUCAGUGGACUCCCAGAGUUUAUUGAACAAUUGAUUCUUCGGGGGCUGUAUGUGGUGCAAAAGAUGAAUGCCCACGGGAUCAAGAGAGUUCUUUUGAACAUUUUCGUACUCCAACAAAUGUUACGUAGUGUGAUGCAACAGCCCGAAAUAGUCAAUUUCACCAGAUCAUCGAUCUUUUUCGAGUAUUUCACAGCAAAUGAACAUGCGUUCAUUGAGAAAGUCAAGGAAAGAAAUGCUCUUGGGAUCAAGGAGGAGGACUGGAAGAACUUGGUGAGGUUGAUAUAUAGUGAGAAGUUGGCGGAAGGUGGCGGUUCUUCUUUCAACAGGACAAAAUAUAGUGAGUUGUUAAGAAAGGUUUCUGAUUCCUUUAAGGAGCACGAGGGGUCGCAGUAG